AUGUUUUCGUCUACAAGCGUGUCAACACUGCUUCGCUCGCUAUUACCCAGCCCGUGGAGCAGCACUAUCGUGCGGUCGAAGAAUUACCUCAAUCGGCCACGGCUUCGCAAUCCCGUCUGGUUCGUAAAGAAAACGCGCACGCUGCACGAUGAACAAUUCACCGUGGAUAACACCGCAUUUCUGAAAGAAGUAAAGUUGGAAACCAUCCAAGCGGCAGCACAACGCAACCAGUCGAAUCUGCUGCAGUUAGCAAACAACGAUCAAGUUGCCCAAUGGAGCCCGGGCUUGAAGCGGACGGGCGUGAUUGCCAAAAAGAUCGGCCAGUAUCCAAUGUGGACGAAAAAUGGUCAGAAAAUACGUACCACACUGUUGCAGAUCAUCGACAAUGAGGUUGUAAAGUACAUACCACCGGAAGAGUAUCGUCCAUCGCAGGAACCACGCCAGCGACGCAAUUGGCGCAGACCUUACGGCUGUCUGCUGGUUGGAGCGGAACAUGGUGAUCCUUCACUCUUCACCAAGGAGUACGCCGGAUUGUUCCAGAACUCGGGAGUCCUGCCUAAGAAGCACCUGUGUCGGUUCAUCAUCUCACCCGAGGCUGCCCUUUCGCCUGGGACCGCCCUCACCGUCGGACACUUUCGCGUGGGUGACUACGUGGACGUGAGGGGACUUACGGUUGACCGAGGGUUCCAGGGUGUUGUCAAGCGACACGGUUUCAAGGGCAUGCCGAAAUCACACGGUGUUACGAAGACCCACCGUAGGCCUGGUAAUAUUGGCGCAGGUGGUAAUAAGGCACGUGUCUGGCCUGGCACCAAGAUGCCCGGUCACAUGGGCAACCGUUGGCGGGUGUUGCGUGGUCUUCAGAUUUUGCGUAUUAAUGCUCAGCAUAAUGUGCUGUGGGUGAUGGGUAGCAAUAUCGCUGGCAACACGAAUGGCAUCGUGUAUAUUUACGAUACAGUGCUACCGCUGCGGAAGCAUGGUGCAAAGGGUGUGCGACCUGGGCCUCCACCCUUCCCGACUGCCCUGGAACCGCUUCCGGCAGAUGCGGGCGACGUUUGGCUGGAGGACUUGCACGAUUUCCGCAGCCUCUCCAUCACGUAUAGUGCCAGCAACGAGUAG